AUGUCUAGGCGCUAUGUGCGUCAUCCCCUCAGCGCGGACCGCAGUUACAACGAGACUAUCACGGACAUACAAAACACGUUUGUAUGGGAGAAAAAGCACGUCUUUAGACCUCAUCAGCACUUCACCUACGACCCGGCAAGCUGGAGCCGCCCGCUAGUGGAGAAGGCAAAACAUGAGCGCACGUUAAGCUUACUUGAGCGCCUCAAGGCGUUAGAGGAGCGUGCAGCUGAGGCGAGGAGCAGAGAGGGGACGACACAGGUGGUGCCUGACUCCAUUUCGAUCGUUACAACAGACCUGAAUGGUAGGGAGGAAGGAUCCGACAUGGCGGCAGGGGGUAUGCCUGGGGAAGCGGCCGAGCCUGGACCUUCACUCUCUUCGAGUUCGGCCUCCCAGCGACCAUUGACCUCCACUCCGCUUCAAGAACUGCUAGAUGAAGCUCUUCAGUUGAGCAAGGCUCUACACAUGCCCCGCACGGCGCGCAAAAUGGGGCUACGCCAGCAGGAAAAGCUCCACGCGCAACACCAUCUCGUUCUUAUCCAACUCUUCCAUCGAAUCCAGCAUGCUGUGAUAGACGAGACAAUCACCCUGAAUGCGCUCAUAUACACCUGGUUUGUGCUAAUCCACGAGGUAAGCGAACUGAUUCCUGCUCUCAGCCAGCCCACUAUCGAUGGGGAAGGGCUAGAGGAAUGGGUUGUUCGCAGCGAGGAGGACGCCAUCCGGACAGUCUUCGAUUCCCUCACACGCACGCUGUUAACUCACGUGGUUUGUGCGGACACAAUCGCGGCACGUUGGGAACAGGAGCAUCCCUCACUGGAGGAGGUAAUCGAGCUCAUGAGCAUUCUUCUGCAUCCGUUCACUAAGAAAGGCCUGCGAACAUGGCAUGCCACCACGUCACUGGGGCCGCUGGAGGAGUCCCUGCUGUGGGGCUACGAUUUGCUUCAAAGCGCCCUCUUAAGACGUAUCACGACAGUUGAGACCACGUCGGAGGAGUCUCGGGACGAGGGCGACCCGGUGGCAACUUGUGCCAGCACGUCCACGGCGGGUGUAUCCACCACUAUGGAAUGGUUGGAUUCCCUACACCUCCAGGUGCUGUUGGAUGCUGCGGGGAGAAUCUGUACUCUCACCAGCGUCGAGGCGGACCUCCCGCGGUAUUAUAUUAUGGUCAAAAGUCAGGCCCAACACCUUUUGAAGCUCCAUCAAUGCGUUAUUCCAGGGGCUAAUCGGUGGCGACAUUGGCGGCAUACCUUAACGGAUCUGGAUAAGGUGCCAUCCAAGGAAGAAAAGCGCACCGUUUUUGCCGAUGAUCAAUAUGGCGACCCUGAGGCCACCACUUUAACGAAUCCCAAGGCGGUUGUGCUCGACCCCACUACGCCUCCGAGGGGAGUUCAGCAUCCACUCACACAGGCUGACGACGUGCACUACUGCACUAAAGCAUUCAUGCGUCUUCUCGAGCUGAGUCUCAGCUACGGCGUCCGUCCUUCCGCAGUGCAUUCUGGCCCGAACCACGACGGCGCACUCCGCAGUACCACCGAUGCCAUGUUGCACCUUCUUUCCUACGCCCCCAAUUACGAUUUGGACCCCACAUUAGUGGCAUCGCUGUCAUGGCACUUGAUUGGCCUGGACGAGGCCGGCUUUUCGCUCUGGGUUGGUGAGACGGAGCGGCCUCUUCGCUGGAUGCUGCUGCUAUCCCGCAUGGACUUUUCCAGUAGUAAGGAUCGAGUUGUUCUGGGUAAACUUGCACUGCGCCUUUGCCACGUUGGAGUGCCACCGAUGCCCUCAAAGAGGCAGGAGCUUGACUGGCUGCGGCUACGUGGGGUCGCGAUGGGGCAUUUAUUGAGUGUAUUGAGACCGGCCGAUCUCGAUGCGGCGGGUCGCGCUUCUGGCGAUGGCGGGGCCUGGGAGGAGCACCUGGCCUUCUAUGAGUUUGAUGGCCUCAUUCCUAUUGAGCUCUGGCGUGCAGCCUGCGCGGCACGAUUUCCCGAUGCAUCGCCUUGGGUUUUGGCUGUGUCAGCGGUCCAGACGGGCUGUGAUCCUCUUCAAGGCGGGGCUGUAGAGGGUUGCCCGCCCGCCGUAGCUCUCGCUUUACUGGUAUUACGGGGUCGUUUAGUGACGGAGAAGCGUCAGAGCCGCCGCGCGCCUUUGGACGAAACCUCGUUCGCGUACAUUGCAGCGUGUGUGGAAGCCCUGACGGAGGGGCGGGUUUCUAAACAGCAGCUCGCACACCUACCUGACAUAUGGGACGAAUGUGUCGCAGACAUGGAAAGAUGGGGGGAGCAGGUGCUUCCUCUGCUAGCAGAGGCCAAGACAUACGUUUUGUCGCGUCGUAAUGUCGGACCGAAUAAGGUGCAUACGUUUUAA